UUAAUUAAUUAAUUGUUAUUUGAUAAAAAAAUAUAAAAAAAAAAAAAGAAAAAAAGAAAUGGAAUGGGUAAAUUCAAUAUUGAAUUUAGUGGUACCUCCGGCAAGUUUAGUAAUACUAGCAAUGGCAUGGCCAACAUUGAGUUUCAUCAAUGCAUGUGAAUGGAUUUAUGGGAUGUUUUAUUUUCAAAAUAUGGAAGAUAAAGUUGUUAUUAUUACCGGUGCUUCUUCUACCCUUGGGGAGCAAAUUGCUUAUGAAUAUGCAAAAAGAGGAUCGAUCUUGGUGCUAGUAGCACGAAGAGAAACUAGGCUUCAUGGAAUUGGCGAGAAUGCGAGAAGAAUGGGUGCAAAGCAUGUCAUGAUUGUGGCUGCUGAUGUUGUGAAAGAAGACGAGUGUCGGAGGUUCAUCAACGAAGCAAUAACUUUCUAUGGUCGUGUGGAUCAUUUAGUGAAUGCUACAAGUUUGGGCCACACAUUCAACUUUGAAGAAGCUACCGACACGUCCGUAUUUCCUCAUCUGAUGGAUAUAAACUUUUGGGGGAAUGUUUACCCAACCUAUGUAGCUCUUCCUUAUCUACGACAAAGCAAAGGCCGAAUCAUUGUCAAUGCGUCGAUUGAAAAUUGGUUUCCUUUGCCGAGCAUGAGUUUGUACUCGGCUGCAAAAUCUGCGUUAGUGAAUUUUUACGAAACAUUGAGACUUGAAGUGAAAGAGGAUGUAGGGAUAACAAUUGCGACCCAUGGAUGGAUCGGGACCGAUAUUACAAGAGGUAAAUCUAUGGUAAACAGUGGCCCAGACAUGCAAUGGAGGGAAGAGCGAGAGGUACAAAUGAGUAACGACAGGGCAUUGGCUGAAUUUGCAAAGCUAAUUGUAGCAGGGGCGUGCCGAGGAGAUCCUUAUGUUAAGUACCCGAGUUGGUACGAUGUGUUCUUGUUAUACAGGGGUUAUGCACCCAAAGUUCUCGGCUGGACAUACCGCUUGCUAUUUGGAGGCGUCGAUACAAGCAGGAUUUCAGCACUUACUGGACUAAGUACGCCUUUAUUGGAGUCUUCUUCACCGAGGAAACAAUCGAGUCCAAUGCCAGUUCCAAGGGCCACAUAUUUGCAACAGCAUAUGAGGGUGGAAUAAGGAAGCCUUUAAAUUUUCUAUUUUAACUUUUGGUUUCUUUAAGGUACGUUGUAUUGCUCGUUAAUAGACCCGUGUCCAAAUCCUGAGAUGCAUACAUAAUUUUUUUCUGUUGUAAAAAAAGGUGUCGCUUUGGGUGCACGUAAUAAGGCGUUUAUUAUGAGCCAGAGUUUUACGCUUUUCAUUAUGUUUUUGUUGCAAUAUUUACCGUGAUUUUAUUUUCGAAAUGAAUGAUAUUGAACAUCUUACAUGGAGAAUCACCAAUAAUAUUAUUAUAAUCAUUAAUCAUUAUUAUUAUUAUUAUUAUUAUUAUUAUUAUUAUUAUUAUUAUAUAUGCUCCGAACUUAAGCUGAAUCACCUAGUUUUUGCGGAUGACUUGAUAGUAAUCUGAAAACGGGAUAUACACUCCAUUAAGAUCCUUGUGCAAGUAACGGAGUUGUCCUCUUCGAGUUUUGAUAUUUUUUCUAUCAGUGAUUCACUAGUGGUUAUCACUUAUCUCUCGU